AUGAGUACCACAGUGGAGGCCGAGUUUCAGGAAAUCGACGAAGCCGGGUAUUGGAACACCUUUUACCAGGAAAUAUGUUUGCUGUCAAGCGAGCUGCCCUUUAAGCAUGCCAAACUACCUGAAAACAAAGGGAGAAAUCGCUACAAAGAUGUGAGCCCGUUUGACCACAGCAGAAUACGUUUACAGUUAGGUACCAAUGACUACAUCAAUGCCAGCUUAAUUCCGAUGAAAGAGGCUGGAAGAAGUUACAUUCUCACACAGGGCCCCUUGCCAACAACCUGUGGUCAUUUCUGGGAGAUGGUGUGGGAGCAGAGGUCUCGCGGAGUGGUGAUGCUGAACCGCAUCAUUGAGCUGGGCUCUGUGAAAUGUGCCCAGUACUGGCCACGUCCAUUGGACAGGGAGUUGAUCUUCGGUGACACAUGCUUUAGGGUGACUCUGAUCUCAGAAGAUGUGAAGUCCUACUGCACCGUGCGGCAGCUGGAGUUGGAGAAUCUGUUGACCGAGGAGACCAGAGAGAUCCUUCACUUCCACUACACUGCCUGGCCAGACUUUGGGGUACCCGAGUCCCCCUCCUCUUUCCUGAACUUCCUUUUCAAAGUGAGGGAGUCUGGGUGUCUGAGCCCUGAUCAGGGGCCUGUGGUUGUGCACUGCAGUGCGGGAAUCGGCCGUUCCGGUACAUUCUGUCUUGUAGACACCUGUCUGCUGCUGAUGUCCACUCAGGAAGACCCUUCAUCGGUUUCCGUCAGUGACGUCCUGCUGGAGAUGAGGCAGUACCGAAUGGGUCUCAUCCAGACCGCUCACCAGCUCCGAUUCUCUUACCUGGCUGUCAUCGAAGGAGCCAAGAGCAUUCUGGGAAAUGCAUCCGCACAGGAGGCAUGGAAGGACCAUUCAGAUGAGGAGGACAUUCUCCCCAUGUUCACACCCCCACUUCCUCCCCCUUCCCCACUCCCCAGACCCCCCAAACACAUCGGAGUAGACUCUCAGAACAACAGGGCAGAGUUCCUCCCAUUCCCUGACGUAAAGGAGGAGCUUCUCAUAAUGCGUGACAGUGGAUUCCAUAUACACAGCUCUCACCCGGAGCCUGAGCUGCGCAGGAGGAAUGAGCCUCCUGUCCCCCUGGCCCUGCCUGUAUCUGUCCCUGGCGAUCAGCCCGACAGCCCGUCUGGACACAGGAGGCAGAGAGCCGAAGGCCAGGUGACUGCACCGCAGCAGCAGAGAGAGGGCAAGGCAGAGGAGGAGGCCAAGAUUCCACUGGGGCCACUGACAACCAUGCUGGCCAACGUGUACCUGUGCACGGCCCUGGCGUUAGGGGCCUAUAUCUGCUACAGAGCCUGUUUCCACUGA